GAUUGGAGCCACGUGUCGCCGUUGUCGGCCUUGUUGUCCUUCUGCCAUCAGCAGACAAGUGGAGGUCGUGGGGCAGAUGUCUCUGCCCUUUGAUUGGUGCCACGUAGGCGUCCUUAUGUACCUUUCGUCUUCUGCACGUCAGACGAUCGUGGUGCACGAUUGAACAGAGCCUGCAGGAUGCGGAUUGGCUCCUUUUUCCUGCCACCUGGACCUUUUGUACCUAUCGGCUCUGGUAUUGCGCUGCAACCUUUAGGCGAUUCUUGCUGAUUAGGUUGCGCAGUUUUACAGGUACUGAGGACUCUUUAUCAGAAUGCUAAGUGUCGUAAAUGUACUUCCCUUCUGGCUUGACCUCGCGCCUUGUUAGUGGAAUAUGGCGUAGAUCGCGCGAGGUUGCUACUAAGAGAAUUGUUGAAUAAGGAGUAUGGCCCUGCGCGCAACCUUGAUGAAGGCUCGCGCGGCAUUUUUGGGGCCAUACCCCUUCAAGUCCCCCCAGUCCAGUGCUGCACCAUGCGCAAGGCAAGUGGUUGGAGCUCUGGACUUAGAAAAAGAAAGUUGCAGAGAUUGCUCGCUUUUUUAUUUGUAGGAGCGCGCGUGUAAGUACUGACGAUUGUUGAGGCGCGACCACAUAUCUGUUAGCCGACGUUAUGCCUUUUAGAGCUGAUAGCGCACGAAUACCUUGGGUACCAGGUAUAUUGCGCGCCCCUCGGUAACUUCUUUGUUAAGUGUUAGGGAAUUUGGGCGGGAAAUUCCUCGAAAUUUGAAUUCUGACGGUUUGGUGAAAUCGUCUCUGAUUGUGACGUUUGAGUUGACUCCUGGCACGGAUGUCAUCAUGCUGGCUCUGACGGUUCCACUUUCCAUAAGGAGAGUGAGGCCCACGAGCGCGUGGUAACCGUCACUCCGGGUUUUACGCCUUACGUGGCAUCCUCUCGUUGGCCACGUGAGCGGCAAAUGCGGCACGUUUACCUAUCGCAUUAAAUGCAAUGGGUAUAUAUAUCCGACGAGAUAAGGAGGAUUUACUCGUCUUAUACUCUUUCUACCCUUUUCUCUCCAAUCAUCUUCAUCUAGUCUUCAAAUCUUCAAAUCUUUGUAGCAGUUCUUCAAGUUCUCCUUCAUAUCUUCAAGUUUGUUCUUGAAUAUUCAAAUUUUGUCCAAGAACAUCGAUGGCUGAAGAACAUCCAGAAGAAAAUCCUGGAGAGGAAGGGCCUGUCCCGGUUCUCCGGUGGGAUUUGGGUCUUUUUGAGCAAAUAGUACGAGGGUUCCGGUUUCCACCGGAGUGGGAUGCCAAAUACCCCGGUCAAAACCAGACCACCGCCGACGCACCACCGGGGUAUAUUACGCUGUAUGAGGAUUUCUUUCAACAAGGCGACUUCCGGUUGCCGGCUACAAACUUUAUGGCUCACAUCUUGCAGUUUUACGGGUUCCAUAUUUCCCAGAUGAGCCCACCUGGAAUUGUUAGGGUUCGACACUUCGAGUUCUUGUGUCGAGCUCAUGGUGUUGAGCCUACUGUGGAGAAGUUCCAUGCCUUUUAUCAGCUCAUCCGGAAUAUGAGCUUCUUCUCGUUUGCUAGCCGGGGAGCAGCGAAGAAGAUAUUACUGAAUCCUCCCAAGAGUUUCCAUAAUUGGAAACCAAAAUUCUUCUAUAUUCGUGAGGAGGUUAUUCCAAUUGCCAUGAUUUUCCGCGCGUGGUCUGAGCCGAUACCAAAAGAAGAUCUGCCGAUCCCGAAGAAAGCGAACUGGUAUUUACAACUUACUCCCACUCCGAACCGAGUGUUUGGAGAAAAUGUUCUGGUUGCGGCGGGAAUGAGUGACCAAUGGGCGCCGGAUAGCAAGGAUAUCCCCCUUUUGAAGCUUGGUGACCAAGGUUAGGCUUUUUUCACAUUGUUUUUAACUUGGUUGUUGGCCUGCUUAUGAUCUUUUCUUUGCGCGUGUAGAGGUGCAAUUGUACCAGGCUGCCUUCGCAACGUUUGGAGGUGUUAUAGGGUCGCGCCCACUUAAAGCGGGGGAGCAAUACUGGUACGACCAGAUCAAGGGAUACUUCAUGUACCCCGUUGCUGACGCUUUCACUGAUCCUCCUACCUCUACUGAAGGUGCGCAUAUACCUAACCCUCGACCCUUGCGCUCCGUGACUUCUGCUGGGAAAGAGAUUGUUUAUCUUUCCAGCGAGGAGUCCGUAGGUUCGUCAAAUGGAGAGCUAAGCCCGUGGUCUCAAAUCUUUGCAGGUGUGUUGCGCGACCUGGGGAUAGACCCUGAAGACAAGAAGAAGAAGCCUGUGAAAAGGAAGAAAGUUAUCACCUUGGAUCCUGAGGUGACCAGCAAGGGAGCUAGGAGUAGUCGCGUAACCGCUCCUGCUGCUGACAAAGGUACUCUCCGCCUUCUUCAAAGUAACUUAGAGGAUUACUUUCUUAUAAGUGACUCACUUGAGGGUUUGGCGCGCAUAGGCGAGAAAAAGGCUGGAGCUGCUGGGUCAAGGAGCUCUGGGAGCGCGGGUUCUCGCAACCCGGAUGCUGGGACUACCCCGUCGUCAGCUGCGCAAGAAGAAGGCGAUGAAGAAGAAACGGAAGAAGAGCCGGCGGUGAAGCUCAUAAGGAAAAGGAGCAGGGAGGCUGUGCUUGGGGCCUCCGUGUUGUCAAAACCUGGUGGCGCUCCUUUGAUUGGAAAGAAGAGCAACUUGCGCUCGCUUUACAAAUUCUCUCCUGGUUAGUAUAUUGUUUUCUUGUACUUGUUAUUUUUCUUUCUAACACUCUCUCUUUGCAGAGGCUGAAAGGACGACCCCUGAGAAGAAGGGUGUCACUAUCACAGAACCCUCAGAGCCGAUGCUGAAAAGGCCCAGGGUUACCAAGGUUACCAUCAAACCUUUCACUGCUCCUCAAUCUGAGAAGGAGAAACAGAAAGUUGCCGAGAAGCCUGUUAAGGAAAGAGAGGUUGAGACAAAAAGAGCUACUGAGAAACCUCCUACUGGGCCCAAGGAGCCCGAGGUUGUCGCCACCUUUUCAGCUGACAAGGCGCAGGGUUUGGGGCCAACUCCUAUUACUGGGCUUGACCAGCCCACCUUUGAGAAGGGAAAAGGCGUGGAGGUGGAAAAACCCGUUGAGCCCUCGCCCACCGACGCCUCUGUUCAAACUGCGCAGGUAACUUCUGCUGGAGAAACUGGUCCAGCGACUAAGGAGCAGACUGCUGCUGCUGGUUUUGCUGCUGGCCAAGCUGGUGCGUGGAGGCCCGGUGCAACGUCUCACUCUCCUAUCGGCCCAAUGGACAUUUUGGGAGACGUUUAUUACAAAUCCUAUACUGAGGAAAGCCGAGGAGAAGCGCUGCAUCAGCCGCCAUGGGGCUUGAAACAGAAAGAUACUUUCCUGGAGUUCGCGCCUUGCCGAGACUGGCUUCUUAACUCCAUUCCUCCUGGUGAGGUUAAUCGCCAAAGGGAGCAAACCCACAGCGCGCUCUAUCAUGCUUACGUUGUUGGUGAAGUCAACACCCGCGCUGCUAACCAUCAGAUCGUUCGCGAGUGGCGGACCGUGGUUAGGGAAAGGGAAGAGUGGGAGAAGUACCGUGAGCGGUUGCUGAGGCAAGUGAAAACUUUUGAGAAAUCGAAGGCCGCCUUUGACGAGGAGAAGGCGAAGUUUGAAACAGACAAAAAGGCUGAGGAGUGGGGCCGUGAAGGCCUUAAAGGCAAACUCCGUGCCGCUGAAGAGCUCCUCUCAAAGGAACGUGCCGAUUGGAAGGCUAUUUGUGCAAAGGAUAACGAGCGCAUGUAUGCGGCUCACUCCAAGAUCACCGAACUUGAAGGUCAAGUUGCGGAUCUGAAGAAGAAGGUGGAGGAUGCGCAAGCUGUGAAGGAACAGGCUGAGGUAUGUUAACUGUCCCUUCUUGCUUAUGCUUCAGUUUGUAAAAAAUUCUCUAAUUCUUAUUUUUUAUAGGCUGAGCUUAAGGCGCAAAUUUCUGGCAAGGAUAGAGAUCUAUCUGACAAGGACGUUGAAAUCGCUGAAUUGAAGCGUCGUUUGCACGAGCAGAUUGAAAGGAGUGAGUCCUUGGAGAUUGAUCUUGAAGCUGAGAAGUACAAAGCUGCUACUGCCGAGGAAGCCAAGCGUAAGGCCGAGGAGGCGCGAGACAUUAGUACAACUGCUCUCAAUGUGGCGCAGAACAACUAUUCUGAGGCUCAAGGUAUCGUUGAUACUUUGGUCUCUGAAGCUGAGUGGCUGCGCAGCCGAGGAAUAGCUCUGAUGGCCAACUCCGUCUUGAAUGCUGGGGAGCUAGAUAAAGCUGUUGCUACUUUGAUAGAUGCUUCGCGCGCAAUUGGUCACCGGGGUGGUUACUUGGAGUGUGCGCAACAUGCUUUAGAGAUGUUUGGUCAAGAAUUUGACACUAGUCACUGCUCUGUAACUGAUCAAGCUGAGGCCGAGCUGACUCGCGCUGAACAUGGUUAUGAUCACUCAUCUCUACCGGUGAUGGAUUUGGUUACUGAAGCGCUGAAGCAUGACGACUGGUGUCAUCGGUUAAAGACCAUCCUUGAUCCACCACAGAUGGUUGAAGUAUCUGAUGAGGAGGAGUUGGCAGGCGACGAUAGAGAAGGUGAUGAUGACGGCGGAGAUGGUGAUCAACCUGAAUAGGAAUUGAAGGCUUUGUGCCUUGUAAUUUGUUUAGUCUUUUGCAUAUAUCGUGUCGCGUGGUCGCGUUUCACUUAGAUCGAAUGGAUGAUAGGUUUUAUGUAACCGUUGCGCGUUUGCGCUUAUUUAAAUAUGAUGUUUUAU